CAACUCUUUUUCUACUCUAUCAAAGAGAAAAACACACACAAAAAAAACACAAAAUAAAAUCAGGGGCGACUUUGAUCUCAAAGAACAUAAUAGUGCAACAAUGGCAAGAAAGUUGAGUACUUUAGUUGUUUUUGGUGCAAUUUUAUUUGCUUUAUUACAACAUGUUUCAAUGGCACAACAAACUCAUGUUGUUGGUGAUGCUCUGGCUUGGACCGUUCCUAAUGGUGGCGCCACCGCUUAUUCCGCCUGGGCCGCCCGGAAAACCUUUACCGCCGGCGACACUCUUGUUUUUAACUUUACAACUGGAUUGCAUAGUGUGGCUGAAGUGUCAAAGGCAGCUUUUGAUUCAUGCAAUAUUUCAAGUCCAAUUUCAAUUUCCACUAAUGGCCCAACAAACAUUACAUUGAGAUCUGUUGGAUCACAUUACUACCUUUGUACAUUUCCAAGUCAUUGUACCUUGGGCCAGAAAUUGGCUAUCAAUGUCUCCGGCUCCGGCUCACCCGCUCCUCAGCCAGCCCCCGCCAGGCCCUCCACUCCUCCGACUGCCACUCCGGUGACGUCUCCUUCAGCAAGCCCAUCCACAGCUCCAGCCCCAUCGGUCGCUCCAGCAACGGCACCUGGACCUGCUAGUGUAGCCCAAACUUAUAUUGUUGGAGAUAACAUGGGCUGGACUGUUCCUAGUGGCCCAACUUCUUAUCAAAGAUGGGCUAAUGGCAAAUCCUUCAAAGUUGGAGAUACUCUUGUUUUCAAUUUUGUGAAUGGGACACACAAUGUCGCAAUGGUUAGCAAGGCAUCUUAUGACUCAUGUAACACAACUUCUCCCAUAAACACAAUUAGCAGUGGUCCAGCCAGAAUUACACUUACAAAUUCUGGUGAACAUUACUACAUGUGUACAUUCCCUAGACACUGCUCAUUAGGUCAAAAAUUAGCCAUCAAUGUCACCGGCACGGACGCGACCGCCCCCACGCCUUCCACCACCGCAGCUACGCCAUCCAGCUCCACCGUCCCAUCGACCGAUUCUCCGGCCACUUCACCACCAGCACCAAGUGCCUCAGCUCCAUCUUUGGUUAUUGCUGCUUUGCCAGUCACUUUCUUGUCAUUUGCCUUACUUAGGUUGUUGAAUUAGAGAGUACUAUACUAUAUUGCUUGAUUUUAUGUAAUUUUUCUAUAGGUUCCCUUUUUGUUUUUUUUUAAAUACGGAUUUAACAUUAUUGUUGUUGCACCAAUAAAGUUGAUUUUUUUGAAUUCAA